AUUUUCGUAAGUUUUAUUUUUUUUAAGCAACGGUUUUGUGCAUUUUCUAUCUGUACAUAUCUAGGGCAUAGAAAAAAAGUAACUAUGCGUGCACAAUUUUAAUCGUAGUACAAUAUGUAGCAAUGCGUAAUAUAAUUUUAAUCAUAGUUUUAAACUAGUUAUUUUAUCGUUAGAGUUUUAUAAAUUUGUUUUGAACAAUGGCGACUUUUAAUAGUUUUAGCCAAGAAAAAAACUUGUAUCACACGAUUUAUACAGAAUUGAAGGCUUUGGGUGUGAAAGUGCCUAAACCGAAGAAAAUAAAAUGGAAUGCUUCUAAAGUAGAUGCCUGUGUAUCAGAGAAAAGUUGUAAAAUUUUCAGCGUGAGCUUAAGAGAACAAGAAUGGAUAUCCAAUGGAGAAUAUCCUGUUCCAAAAUUCGUUGCUUUAACUACAGAAUAUCUACAAAAAUUCACGAAGAGUGAAGGACUUUUUCGCAAAGGAGGAAAUGUCGUCAGACAGAGGAAAUUAAAGGCAACAAUAGAAAAUGGUGGUGACAUUCAGGACUCAGAACCCAAUGAUGUUGCGGCCCUUUUGAAGAUGUGGUUACGGGAAUUGCCAGAGCCCUUGAUUCCAACCCAUUUGCAAGAGUUGUUCAUCAGGUGCCGUAGUUUGGAGGAGGUAAAAGAUCGUGAGACCGCUUAUCUAUUUGCUUUUCUUCUUUUACCAAUCGACCACCAAAAUACAUUGAAACAUCUUUUACGUUUCUUUGCCAAUAUGGCCGUAGAUAGUGAUAAGAAUAAGAUGGGAACUUACAACUUGGCUCUCAUAUUGGCUCCAAAUAUAUUCGCAAUGAAAGAAACAGCUGACAAAGUCAGAAAUGAUAUGAUUUUCCAACAUACGGAGAUCAUACAAAUGCUGAUUGAAAAUUCCGAUAAAAUUGGUAUGAUGCCACCAUCAUCACUUCUAUACCAGACAUCCUUACUAGGAUCGGAGUUAACUACAUCCACUGAUAUAAUUGAUGCUGGACCAGGUAGAUACAAGAAAAGAAUGAGCGGAACAGUUCAAGAUCUUAUGAGUGGAUUCAGGAGACUAGUGGGACAAAAUGUAUCCUUCAAGUCCACCAGCGUUUCUGACUUGGCAGAAACUUCUUUUCCAAGGUCUGCAUCCAAACGUAAAGCUGAACCAGAACAUACAACAGCUAAAAGGCAAAAGCAAUCUAUAUCUUUGGAUGAUCUAGAUAGCCCUACAUAUGUGACUCCUGAGAAGAAAGGUCGAACAAUCCCGGAGAAAAGCAGUAGCAGGCAUACUCGAAGGAAGUCAUUUGGCGCUCUUUUUCUGCGAAAGAGAGAAAAGAAGAGUAAAAAAUCUGGCUCUCAAAAUCUGCAAAUGACGGUAGUCGAUAUACCGUUUGACUCAAUUGCUUCAGGACAAGAAGGAACCAAUUCAGCUCAAGUCGGAAGCAAGUGUCAAUUGAAUCUUAAUUUUACUCAUUCAUUUCCAAUUGAGGAAAAAGAAUCGUCAAUAGCUACAGCUGAAGAGAAACAACACACUGCCCCGAGGUCUGUUGCUCCUACUCGAUCUGAUAGCAUUACUGUAGUUAAGAAGAGUGAAACUGCGAAGUGGUAUGUUGAACAAGCAGCUGAAAGCAUAAGGACAUCAAGUUCAAAGGAAUCUGCAUCUCAUGAAAAAGCUUCAAAUAUCGAAAUAAUUUCUAGUCAUAAAUCUGGGCUGUCCAGACAAGAAGCUUUUAGCAUUAAACCUCCAAAAACUAGGCUCCAAAAUGUAAUUUCAGAUGAAAUAUCUGAAAAAGAUUCGAAACCUGACAACUUAAAUGAGAAUGUGAAGACGGAUAGUUCAACUAAAAUCCAAAAGAGCCCUUGCUUACAUUCACACUCAUCUUGCAAUUUGAAAUGUUGCAAGAAUAAAUCUGUAUGUGAAAAGAAGACGAAUCAAAGUAAAAUAAAAGCAGAAUCCAUCAAAAAACGUCGUGCGCAGUCGAUGAAAAUUCCUCGCCAAAACGAUUGUUCCGAUUACGAGCAAUCUCCAAUGAGAGUGAAUUCGUACCAGAAUCUACCAAGAAAUCUUUCCCCGUCUGCUAGUCCCCGAGAAGGUGUUUCAGCUGCAAACGUGACUCAGAGCUUAGAUCUGUCUUUGAGUUUACUCCUGCAAAAUUUCUGCUUGUCGCCCCCAAUCGACGCACCUGAAUUUCGUCUCAGCAUUGAUAUUUCUUCUGAUAAGAAGAACUCCGAGUUAAAAGUUAAUAUAUCGCAGAAAGAAACUCCAGUGGAAAACCAACGGAAAAAGUCAAACGGAUCAAGCGAAAAUGAAGCAACCGAUUCGAAGCCUCGGAAACGACUAUCCAGCAAUUCAGACAGUCGCAUUCCCAGGCUGAAGAAAAUUCCGAAUCCCAACAGACCAAGCUCCUUUCACGGAAAUCUUGCAACAUCAAAACGCAAGGAUGACAAGUUUGACUUAAUUGGGAAAUCAUUUGGAAGGCAUUCUACGAAGAUACCUUUACUUCAAAAGGAAGGCAAGCCACUAUCUACUCCGAAAGGAGGGCAAGACAAAGAUCAACAGAGUCCGAAUGACAGUUGUUUCAAGACACCCGAUACCUCUUUUUACCACGAUACGUCCACGUCUUGGGUAAACGGAAGCCAUUACCUGAGUGCUUUGACUUCGCCUGAUGAUAGCAUAGCUAAUAAAAGAGAAAGUAUUUUAAAAAUCCUGAAAUAUAAUCCCGGUCAUGUGCUUUCCAAAGUUAACAUGUUUGAUAGCAAAGGGUCUAGUGGUUCAGAGAGCGAUUGCAAACUUGUCAGAACAUCAUCGGAAAAGUACUCAUCUGUCAGUCGUUGCACUCGCCCCAAAUUAAUAGUAUCAAACAGUUAUAAUGCUGUAAGUAGGAGUGAUAGUGUCAGAUAUAGGCAAACUCCGCAUAAACAAGAGCGACCAGUCCCACGUAGAGUUUCAUUCAAAGCUCUUGAAUCGCCAUUGUCCAAAAGUACUUUACCUAAAUGUACAAAGGCUGCUCGCAAUGGAAUCGGCAGUGAUUCGUCUGAACGAUCUAAAUCAGUGAUUAAAAAGUAAUAUCGAUGUAGUUUCCUAUCAAUUGAUAGCAAAUAAGAUAAUAUAUCUCAUACAAAAGCCAUAAAUUGUUUACUGUUUCUUCGUUUACCUGUGGCCAUCCUUAAAGAAUUCCCAUGUUUUUAGAUAUUUUUGUGUUGUAAACGUUUUUGUUUCAUUGUUUUGUGUUCAUAAAGUAAAUCUUUCUUAAGUAUAUUUUACCUACUUUAAAGAUCUCGAAUAGUUUAUUUUGAUAAGAUGAUUACCAACUCAUUAAAUUGAAUUUAUUGUAGAUUUUUUAAAAGCUUCAAUUGUUAUAGAUAAAAAUAUAUCUUUUAUUAAAAAAAAACUUUGAUAUUUUUAAUAACAGAAUAAUAUGAAGUGAUUUUUCCGGCACUUUAAAAAAAAAAACUAAUGGAAUAUUAAGUUAUAAAAUGCAAAAAGGAAAAUUGAAGGAAAUGUGUGUGCAUUUUCUUGAAGUGUUGGUGUUUUUAGUAAAACAAUUUCUCAGUAUUAAACUUUAAAAAAGUUUUGAAAUUCAAUUUUUCUUCUUUUAACUGGUUUAAAUACGUGUUGAUACAUGACAAUAGAAUUUUUCUAAAAACUUUUUGAAUUUUAAUAGUUUUAUAAUUUUAAAAAUAGCUUUGCAAUAGCAAAUCGAAACGUUGUAAGCAUUGUAGCCUUAAGUAGACGAUUAUUCGUUCAUAAAAAUUAAAAAAUAAUUUUUUAUUCAAAUUCUUUUUUCUAACUAUUAAUGUUCAAACGUAUGUUAAUGCUUGAAAAUAUAUAUAUAUAUAUUUUUAAAAAGAAGUUUUGAGUUUAAAUAUUAAUUUAUAACAGUUUUUUAACCGCGAAGAGUAUAUGAACUUUAUUGCAACAAAAUAAAAAUUGUAAAUGCUUUUUGAAUUCUGUUUUUUUUUUAGAAUACUUUUUAUUUUCAAUUCAUACUAUUUUCUAUGUUUGAAAUGCAAAUUAUAAUUUCACCAACAGUUUUUAGUAAAAAAAAUUUUUGUUUCUGAUAUUAGCAAUAGUAUACUAAGUCACAUUGUUGCACGCUAUUACUAAUGUUAUAGGUAUAUUAAGUUCUUGCUAUUUCUUCAAUAUUUUUAAAAAAACUUUUUAUCGAUUCGAUGAAUACUAGUUUUGUUCUUUUUAUGUGAUUUCUCAAUCUCUUAAAUUUGAAACCUAGUUUGUUUGAAAAAAGUAAUAAACUUUCAAAGUGUAAUGUAUUUUAAACAUCUUAAUUUAUUAACUAACUAUGCAAAGUAUAUUAAAUUUUCCCAUUUUAUUCAUUCUUUACUUUUUAAUCUACUUUUGUAUGCUCAAUGUAAAAACAUUGUUUACAUUUUUUAAAUAAAUAUUUUUUAUGCAUAA